AUGUAUCAAAUACAAGAGUUUCUACCUUUCCCGCAGAAUAUUUCAGCUGCUGAUCCGGGCGAAAUCUGCUUGCUCGCAGAGGAUGAGCUGGAUCCGUAUCAAGAUUACAUGGUCAACUUCAAACAAGGGGAGCUGGAAAUUGAUUCGAUUGGGGACAUGAUCAGUAAGCAAAGUAUCACUUUGCCGAUUCCCCUUGGCUUGGGGCCUGGAGAAGUUGAAAUCAGAAUCUACCCGGUCAAAUACGGAAGGCGCCUGUCUGAACUUGUCGGAAAAUCGGUCAUUUAUCUGGAAGAGUCGGAAUUGGACAAAUCCACAAUUGAGACAUUUUUGUUCAAGAAAUUUAAACGACCGCUGGAUGAAUUGAUCAACAACACUCUCUGCUCACUUCUUUGCGAAAAUGAAGAUAGAAGCUUUCAAAAUUUCUGCGAAGAAAAACAGUUGAAAGAAAGCUUGGAAACGAUAAGAUGCUUUGAUUCGAUCAGAAAAAGAACGUACGAGAAUGAAGAACCCCCAAGAAAAAGGCUCAAGGAAGUAAAACAAUCAAAAGCGCAAGAAACGCAAACACAGCUCGAGUUUCAGUCGAUCGAAGUGCAAACUGACCCAAUUACAGUGACUUCUGAAGAAAACGGCAAACCUAGAACUCCGGAGCCCGAAGCUAAGGUUGAAGUGCCAAAGAAAAAGGAAGAAAUUGUUCAAGAAAAACCGAAAAACACGAAGCUCGAAGAACGGCUAAAGGAACAGGAGCGCAAAAGAAAGAUUGAACAGUCGGUGAAAAACAUUCAGGCAGAAUCUGCGCCGAAAAUUGCCGCAAAGAAGGUUCUAGCACCCUCGAUUGACGCGAAAUCUACUCUUCCGAAACCAACACCUCCAAAGCCGAUAGUUGAAACAAAACCUAUCGAAAAAAUUGAACCAAAGAAGGAUGCGAAGCAAGAGCUUUUGAAUCCAAAAUUCGACUUUCAGACGUUUGCUGAUGAAGAUGACAAGUGGAUGAAAAGACAACAGCGAAUAAACGAGCGGCAGAAUAUCGUCAAAUCGGCCACUGGAAAAGUCAAAAAAGGCUCAGGAUUCCGAUAUGACAAGAAAAAAGGCUACGACCGGUACUUUUCCAGUUCCGAAGAAGAAACAGAAACGGAAGAAGAAGACGAAGAUUACGAAAACGACGGCUGCGACGAUCUUUUCAAUCCUCAAUUCUCUUCAACUUCCUUUAGCGUCUAUUCAUUUUGA